AUGAUACGCAUACCGUUACAAAAAUGUGUGCAAGGACUUGAGAAAACUGCUGCACAAGGAACAGCACAAAACAGUCAAGCAAAACCCAGUGCCGCUCAAAAGAAUGUGGGCCCCCCUCCAGCAAAACCGAACACUGUUAAAGCUGAAGCCAGCAACGUUCAAGCCAAAGUCAACACUGUGCAAAGGCGCCAGUUUGCGGCAAAAGAUGAAAUUCACGACACGGAGUAA